AUGUCUACCACAAACGAAAAAGUCUCUUCCGAAACCAAACCCACUCCCAUCUCCAUCCCAGACCAAAGACGCGAUUCCAAAGGCGAACACACCACGAGUCCCAUCGAGACUUGGAGGCCUUCGCCGAAUCGGACGAUGAGUUUUAAACAUGAGGAUCUGAAGAGGGAGUGCAAUGAGUGUUAUAUGCGGGAUGUGGGUGGUGGCGGUGAAGGAUUUACUGAGGUGGGGGAGAAAUGA